UUGUCAAUAUUUGUCAAUCAGUGCAUUUCUUGCCAAAUUUGCUUAUAUUUGUUUCUUUUAAAGCUUAAAAUGCCGAAAGCUACAUGGUAUACCCCCAUAGCUCGUUUAAAAAAUCGCGAAGAAGUGUGGAGCAGAAUCGAAAACAAAGGAUGGAAAACCAUCCCUAUGGACUUAGAACUGGAGAUAAACUACUUUAACAAUAGGCAGCAACAUUCACGUUUACUGGAGUACGAUCAUUAUUUUGCUUUUACGAAGACAUUUCCCUUGUGGGAUCCAAAAAAGGCGAAGGAUAAUCGACGAUUUCUCCCCACUAUCCGGGAAAAUAUUUUCCAGCAGGAAAAGGAUAAGCCGGUGCCCGCCCUGACGUCACUAAAUUAUGGAAGAACGACCCUAACUUUCUAUGACGAAGUCGAAACGGCGUUCAAGCGAUCCUGUCCCACGUGCGACUUCUACAGGAAACGGGGCGUCCUGGAAAUCGAUGACAAAACGGAACACCAAUAAGCCCUUUCGACUCCAAAUACGUAUUCUGUAUAAAUUUUCAUUUUGUUUUACAUUUAUUUUAGAAGCCUUCUUGAAAUAAAUGCCUUAUUGGCUAAUUUAAAAUUUA